GUUGCAAUAACAACUGAACCGCGAGAUGGGAAAUGGCGAUGCGUUCAGAGCAAAGAGAAGCCUCAAAAUAAAAGGAAUAGCCUACGAUCAGAAUUAAGAAGUAUCGUUUUGUAGGCUUCUUUUAAUUAUUUCCAUGAAUAUUUCUGGUGUGGGCUACUUGUGGGCUACUGCCUGUCGAGUAUGUGCCUACAGAUCAUCAGCAAAAUGAAAAAAGUUUCUCCACACCCUGGUCUUACUCUGGUUUCAGAGGAACCCAAACGGGCAACCUCAAAACACUGACCUGGCUUUGCCAUUGGAUUCAGCGGCUGUGGUCGGGGCGGGUGAUCUGGAGCGCAGAGACAUUAUAAUCACCAAUUACGCACAACGGACAGCCGGUACAGCUAGUGCCUAACUUGUGGGAUGUACACAUCUGAAGUAACACAUUUUUUGGAGCUUGCAGCGGCGCGAUUCACGCUUGUUUUGACACAUUUCAGUUAAGAGAAAGAGAGAGCAAGAGGGCGGGAAAAGAAGAGACUUAGGUUAAUGUGGGGUGAUGCCCUCCCCUUGCCAAAUGUCUACCCCCGAGAUGGUGACACACUCCUUCAUAACCCCAAUCUCGCAGCUCCACUAGCAGACUAACAGCCAUCGGAACUCUUUCAACCCUGCUCAUCAAAUGACGAUAUUUUAACGAAGCAGCCGUUCGACACCGCGCAUGACUGAGAAUACUGAGCCUAUGACGAAAAGUAAAAUAUAGCAAAGUAUCAAAUCCUUUUUCAAAAUACCUUCUCAAGGCCGCACAGUGUUGGUUUGAACAGGAGUUUCCCCUUUCCACCCGCGCAUCUUGUAAAUCCCCCUUGUAUAUGUGCAUGGUCCUGGAACCCGGAGCGCAUUCCCAGCCCUUGCUGGUGAUGCUAUGCCCCGCAAUCACAGCGGAGAUGAGGGCGGCAGCACAGGGCUCUGGAUGAAGACAUCUCCUGGCCGUCGAGCUCAGGAAUACGGACUGAAAGAUGUGGAGUCCGGUCAGAGUACAAUGAACAACGCGGUGAGGACGGGCGACGGUCUGCUGUCGGCAGGAGGUGGCGGUUCCUCGCCGGGGGCGGCAGGUGCAGGAGGCACAGAGUGCCAGAGGAGGAAGCAGGGCGCCCGCCUGAGUCUCCUCGGGAAGCCGCUUACAUACAGCGCACAGAGCGGCCGUAGGAAUGCCCGCUACCGCAAGCUCCAGAACUACCUCUACAACGUCCUGGAGAGACCAAGAGCUUGGGCUUUCGUCUACCAUGCUUUUGUGUUCAUCCUGGUCUUUGGCUGCUUGAUUCUGUCGGUGUUGUCCACUAUUCCGAUGUAUCAGGACCUGUCCUCUCACUGCCUCCUCAUACUGGAGUAUGUGAUGAUCGUGGUGUUCGGCCUGGAGUACAUCAUGCGUGUCUGGUCUGCCGGGUGUUGCUGUCGCUACAGAGGAUGGCAGGGCCGACUGCGCUUUGCAAGGAAGCCAUUUUGUGUCAUAGAUGUCAUCGUCCUCAUUGCCUCUAUCGCUGUUUCAGCUGGUAGCAAAGGCAACAUCUUUGCGACAUCAUUGCGAAGCCUCCGAUUCUUGCAGAUCCUGCGCAUGGUGCGCAUGGACCGACGGGGUGGCACCUGGAAGCUGCUGGGAUCUGUAGUUUACGCACAUAGCAAGGAGCUGGUGACCGCCUGGUACAUGGGCUUCCUGGUGCUCAUCUUCUCCUCCUUCCUUGUCUAUCUGGUGGAGAAGGAGUUCAACAAGCAGUUUGCCACCUAUGCCGACGCACUCUGGUGGGGUACGAUCACCCUCACCACUAUUGGCUACGGGGACAAGACUCCCCAGACGUGGACGGGACGGCUACUCUCAGCUGGCUUCGCUUUGCUCGGCAUCUCGUUUUUCGCCCUCCCUGCGGGUAUCCUAGGUUCAGGCUUUGCUCUUAAGGUCCAGGAGCAGCACAGACAGAAGCAUUUUGAAAAACGAAGAAACCCAGCAGCCUGUCUCAUCCAGGCUGCGUGGCGCCUGUAUUCCACCGACAGCAGCAGGACGUACCUGGUCGCCACCUGGCUCCACUAUAAAAGUGUUCUCCCCCCGCAAAGUCAAAAGCUGAGCUUUAAGGAGCGCGUUCGGAUGGCCAGUCCACGUGGCCAGAGCAUCAAGAGCCGUCAGACGACGGUGAACGAACGGCGCUCACCGGGCACCGACGUGGGCGUGGAGGGCACCAGCCCGGCCAAGGUGCAGAAGAGCUGGAGCUUUAAUGACCGCACGCGCUUUCGGCCUUCACUCCGGCUCAAGAGCCAGUCACGCACCGUGCCUGAAGAUUCAGACUCUGACGAGGCUGUGGAUGAGCGGGGCUGCCACUGUGACGUGACAGUAGAGGACCUGUCCGCCCCUCUGAAGAGUGUCAUCAGAGCUGUCAGAAUUAUGAAGUUCCAUGUAGCCAAGAAAAAGUUCAAGGAGACUCUGAGGCCUUACGAUGUGAAGGAUGUGAUUGAGCAGUACUCAGCCGGCCACUUGGAUAUGCUGUGUCGAAUCAAAAGCCUGCAGACCAGGGUGGAUCAGAUUCUGGGCAAAGGGCAGAUACCAAUGGAUAGGAAAAUGAGAGAUAAGGUUCACCCAGAAGGUGACACACUCGAGGAUAUGAGUAUGCUUGGUCGAGUGUGCAAGGUGGAGAAACAGGUGCAGUCCAUUGAGUCCAAGCUGGACUCGUUGCUGGACAUCUACAGGCAUGCUCUGCAGAAGGGAUCCUCCUCUGGCCUCACGUUGGCCUCGCUGCCCUUGUUCGAGCUGGAGCAGACAUCCGACUACCCCAGCUCCGUCCAGAGCUCGGAGCACGCCUUCCCCACGCAAGCCGCCCAUGCAGGCCGCGGGGUGCUGCGCUCGCACAGCGCCAACCUGCCCCACGGCCUCCAGCUCAUCCUGGCACCGAGCGAACUGAGCCUGGGCGCCGGCCCGCCGGGCUACCCCACGUCGGCGUCCUCCUUCACGCCCUCGCCGUCGCCACUCUUCCACGGCCAGUCGCCCUCGUCCGCCGACAGCAGCUUGUACCCCGGCUCGCCGCCCCCGAUCCUCACGCCCGGCGCCCUCUCAGGCCCGCUGCAGUUCCCCAACCUGGCCAGGCCCGCGCCCACCAUGCCCGGCUGUCCCACCACCAUGUCCCCCACCACCACCACCACCCUUCAGCUGCCUGCUGUGGUGGCCCCAGUUCCGGUUGCGGGGAGGCCGGUGGGGGUGAUCCCCGAGCUGGUGCCUGAGAGCGGGGUGGUUCAGGAGGGCUCCCCCAGCGCGUGCCUGGCCACCGGGUCCACAGACGACAGCACAAACAGCAGUAGCGGUGCAGAGCACCCUGGGAACGCUGUACGGCUCCGGAGCCGUGCUCCGCGGAGCCCCAAGGAAGACGGCUCCUGGAGAAGACACCUGAGCCUGGACGUGGACCCUCUUCUGCUGCUGCGGCCCGCUGAGGACGCCGCCUCCACAGACCGCAAUCUGGGCAAGUCCCUGUCCGUGCAGAACCUCAUGCUGCCGUCGAGCACAGACAGCAACCCCCCAGGCACCCCCCUCACAGGUGGCAGUGUUGGCGGCGGUGGUGGUGGUGGUGGCAACAACAAUAACAACGAGCACCACAUAGGCCAAGAGGAGCCCCUGGCAAAAUGGGGCGAGACGGAACUGUUCAUCGGAGACAGCAGCGAAUUGAGCACGCCAACCCUGGGAACAUUCGACUUCCUCUCUCAGCAGAAUACGGACAUGAGCUUCGUCUCUGAGCACUGAGUCCAAGGGUUUUCGGACAGUGGUGAAUGGGAAAUCAGUGACCGAUAGCUCAGAUUCCCUUUAGUCUGCCCGAGGUCUGACUAAAUUGACUCCUCUUGGGCUGUGAUCGGCGCUAUGAUGUCAGGACUUGACAUCUGCUCUCCUCUGUUUUGUUUUCUGUUUCUCAUUUUCUGUUAGUUUCUUUCAGAUUUUUUAUUGUUGUUUUUUUUUUUUUGGUAUGAGGAGAGUUGUCUGAGAGUGUUAGCAGCGCUCAAUAUUCUCAGUCUGUGUGGACUGAACUGACAAGGUUCCCCAUUGUUUUUUUGCUAAUGAAUACAUAUCACUGCAUGGAUUAUUUCUUUAACAAAUGAACGGAAAGGUAUAUGGAAGAACCUGUGAGUGAUAGUGCUAUCAGAUGACAAGGAGCAAAAUAGAGGGGGACAAAUGUAAGGCAACUGUAAGAGGUCUUAUCACAGGCGUGCAUGAGCACUGCAUGUUUCUAGGGAAAAAUGCAAUGGUGCAUUAGGCUGAAAGUAUUUAUGCACUCUUUUAAAAGCCCCCUGUAUUAGCAACAAAUUGGCAUCAUGUAUCAUUGUUGAGCACUCCAAAACUUAAUUUAGCUGUCAUGCAUGUUUUAGAUUAAAUGAUAGCAUUCAGAACAAAAUAGGCAGACCCAGUUUAUGUAUGUUAUUAGCUAUUGUUGGUUUUUGGUAUGACAAUAUGGACACUCCCAUAUAUACACACAAUUAAACACUUAAAACCAUGAUAAUAACAUGCAGUAUAAAACACACUAUAUCCAACCUAACAUUCAAGUUCAAUUUCUCAUCAGUCUCAUCAGCUAUUUUCUGAUAAAAAAGGAAAACGUUUAACAACUUACAACAAGUAGAUGACAACUGGCAGGGACAUGGCCAACCUAAGGUCAAGUUGAUGAGGAGAGGAGGAUUAUUUCCCUCUAUAGAUAAAGAUAGAUAAACCGCCUUUGGUUUGGGUGGAGAGAACCUUUUUGGAGUCUUCAACACGUUGGCAAGGGUUGAACACCCACCCAAAUAUGACUAUGCCUCUUGAAUGGUUGUUUGUUACUGAUUGCAAGACUCAUCGCACACAUGUCCAUACUGAGAUACAAACCUCUGUCAACAGUUUCCUUAUGGUGCUCGUGCAGAAUGUUAUAUCAAAUAUUAAUGUGGUACUAUGGUACUCAUCUAAUGUUAUUUUCACUCUUGAGAACUCACUGUUUGUAAUUGACAACCUAAAGAAUAUUUGAAUGUGAAUGUUUGUCAUUUUCAUCUGUCUUUUUGGACUGAGGCAUUGUCAAUUGUACAUCAGAGAGAAGAAUUGAUUUUGAAACAAAUGUUAAAAGUCAUCUUAUUGUGUUAUUUAUUGAACCUUUUUACAUCUGGGACAAGACAAGAACACAUCAGUCUUAAACCUCUGACACCUGUUAAAGAGAUUGAAAAUCAUCAAGGUGACUUCCAUUCUUUAUAGUUUUCUGUGUAAUGCAUUUGAAUGGUACAAAAGUGCUUUAGCUAAGAUGGCUAGCAUUAUACCCACAGAAUGUAAUGUGUACAUCGUUAAUUUAAUAUUUUGUUGAUAUGUAUAUGUGACUUGCAAAUCUUGCAUAGAUGUAUUGACAUACCACACAUGCUUGAGUCAAAGUCUCUAAACGGAUCAGUCAGUGCAUUUGUUGGCACGGCUUAGUAUAUACAGUAGAAGCACAAAUGUCCAAAGGUGAAGACGAAACCUGAAAAUGUGAUUGCAAACAUUUUGCAAGGUCACACCACAUUGAAUUGUAUUUAAAAAAAUAUAAUGGCAAUUGUUCCAAAAUGUGUUGCUCUGCUGAUGAGGGGAAGCACCGAAGGAAAAUCUCCUAUUAUCAGCAAAUUCCCUUGUAGAAUUAAACUUGGGUUGUCCGUAGUGGACACUUAGAAGGGUUUAUUUACGUCAAGCCUGUCCGUAGGGUUGAGGCUGUAAAAGAACAUUUAAAAACUAAUACACCUAUUUUACACUGAUUUUAAUAUCUUUUGUUUAACUGUUCUGAUAUAAAUUCUUUACUGUGCCUUUAUGCAUUUUAUUAUGAUUACAUAUGAUUAUUUCUUUUUCUUCCAUAGUUGCAUACCUACUAAAACAAAUGGAGAUAGUCUAGAGGUUCUGAAAAGUAGAUGCCCUCAAGGUGCAUACUUUUAUCUGGCUGGCUGCAAACCUGGUACAUGUUUAUCAUUUAAAUCAGAAUUUAUUUUAUUUUUAUCACUAAUAAUGUAAUUUAUCACACAAACUGGCCUUAAAUUACAAGCUUGAUAAUGUUAACGUUCUAUGUCAUGCAGAUUAAUUUAUUACAACAAAAUAUGUGCACAUAACAGAGGAGACAAACACUCUGUGACUGAAAAAAAAAAUGCAAAAUGAAAAAUUCAAUAAAGAAACUUAAAACAA